AUGCAACCUAAUCCAAAGAGAAAACUCCUUUUGGUCCUGGUUUUGAGCCUUUUGGCCAUCGUCUGUCUGGCCGAUGUUUCCCAGGCGAAACACCACAAGCACCAGCGGCACCACCACUCGAAGGAGCACGAGGAUGAGGACGAGGAGUCCCACUAUCUGCCUCCCCAGGAGGAAAAGGAUAAGGACCAACCUUAUUACAAAAAGGAAAAGCACACCAGCGAAAGGGUGGUUUACCACAAGGAGGAUGAGCACGAGGAACCACAGCACCACAAGGAGUAUCACCACGAGGAGCCGAAGAAGCAGCGAGUGGAUCACUACCAUCACUACGACAAGAAGCCCGAGGUGAAGACCCAGCACAUCCACUACAAGCACAGCACACCCCACGCUCGAACGGAUUACAAUCGGGAUUUGUUCACCCCUGCCGCCACUCAAGUGGUUUACCGUCGCCGUCGACCAAGUCGGAUUCUGUAUGCCAGUGCCCCGAACUCUGUGUUCCAUCACCACACUCAGAUCAAUGUGCAGUCCCAGGACUCGGAGCUGAACUCCCUUACUCGACCAGAUUUCGGGCCAGGAGCACAGGAUCCUGCUGGAGCCCAGGCGAACACAGGAGCCCAGGCGCCAGGCUUCCGACCCAACUGCCAGUUUAUUGGACCAGGAAAUGUUAAUCCGGGCUGUGGACCUUCUGUUCCUGUUGGCGCACAGCUUCCAGCCGGUGCUUUGGCUCCCACUGAAGCUAAUCUUCCUGCCAGUCAACCUGCUCCUGUUCCCGGUGGCCAAUUGGCUGUUUUGGGAAAUGGUCAGCGUCCUCCUUUGGGUCCUGACUUUGGCGGAUACGGAGGUGGCAAGCGGUUGAACUUCUUCGUUGAUCCUUCCCUGGGAGCUCAACUGGGAGCCAUAGGAAAUGCCGCAGCUGGAGGUCAACAGGCUGCGGGAGGAGCACAGCUGGGAGGAGCUCAACUAGCAGGAGGAGCUCAACUGGGAGCAGGUCAAGGAUUUGAUCCCUCUUUCGGCGCCCAAGCUGCUGCCGGUGCUCCAUUUGAUCCAUCCUUUGGUGGUCAAGCUCCAGUGGCCCAAAGACCCGUGGCUCAGGCUCCUGUGCAAGUCCAAUACAAUCCCAAUGUACAGCUUGGAGGUGGAUACAAUCCCUCUUUAGGAGGAGCCCAGUUGGGAACUGGUCAGGGUGUUGCCAACCAAAGGCCAAGUGGACAGGCACCUUUUGAUCCCUCCUUUGGAGCGCAACUUGGCACUGGUCAAGGUAUUCCAAGCCAAAGACCCAUUGCACAAGCACCAUUUGAUCCCGCCUUGGGUGCACAACUUGGAACUGGUCAGGCUGUUCCCAACCAGCGACCCAAUCCAGUGAAUCCACCGCAAGGAGCUCAACUGGCCGCUGGCCAGGGAGCCUUUGAUCCCAAUCAGGGUAUUUUUGAUCCUUCUGUGGGAGCUCAAUUGGCGGCGGGACAAGUGCCACGCCUCAACAACCGACGUCCGCCCAACCGAUCCAACUACCAAGGACUGAAUGUGCUGAAUGGCAACGUUUUUGGCCAGCCACAUCUGCAGGGACCCACAAAUGCACUGGGCAACCAGCAGGACACCAACAUCAUCGAUGGAAACUUCUACAGCGAUCCGCAUCAUGGACAUCAGAGGGCUUUGGUAUCUGUCAAUCCCAAUCAACGAUCCAUUCUGCUGCCCGCUGAUGAUGAUGAUGAUGCAGAUGGCGACUCCCAAUCUGGAUUCCUAGGCUUUGCAGCCAGUAACCGUCGGUCGACCUAUGUAGUUGCUCCCAAGAAACACCGAUCCCACAGGAGCAGUUCGAAGCGAAAGAAUCUGGAUCAGGGAACUUCGGCCUCUGAGUACGAUACCGAUUACCGUGAAGAUGGCUAUCACUACCAGAAGCCCAAGCACACCUUCGAGUUUUAA